AGCGCUUCCGGUCCCUCUGCCCUCAGCGAAGAUGGCGGCAGUGGAGAAACGGCGGCAGGUGGUGGCACAGGCAACUAGUUUCACAGACAGCGGCCGGCCGGGGGUGUCCCGAGCGGCGGCGACGACCGAGAGUGAAGAGGACUUCCUGCGACAGGUCGGCGUGACGGAGAUGCUACGCGCGGCCCUGCUAAAGGUGUUGGAGGCGCGACCGGAGGAGCCCAUCGCCUUUCUGGCGCACUACUUCGAGAACAUGGGCCUGCGGUCUCCUGUAAACGGUGGCGCCGGGGAGCCUCCGGGCCAGCUCCUGCUGCAGCAGCAGCGCCUGGGCCGCGCACUGUGGCAUCUUCGCCUGGCUCACCACUCCCAGAGGACGGCCUUCAACAACAACGUCGGCGUGGCCUAUGAGUGCCUGAGCGCCAGCGGGCGCAAGAAGAAGCCGGGGCUGGACGGGCGCACGUAUAGCGAGCUGCUGAAGCGCAUCUGCCGCGACGGAGAGGCCCCCGAGGAGGUGGUGGCGCCACUGCUGCGCAAGAUCCAGUGCCGGGACCACGAGGCAGUGCCGCUGGCCGUGUUCCGCGCGGGGAUGCUCACCUGCUUCGUGCUGCUGGAAUUCGUGGCACGCGCGGGCGCCCUCUACCGGCUGCUGGAGGACCCGGGCCUGGCCGUGGCCGACCGCCGCUUGGGCCAGGCAGUGCUGGACACGCUGGAGGGGGCCCUGCAGGCCAGCGACGACACCGCGCCCGCGCGCUACCUGGAGGCGGGCUCGCGCCUGGGGCCCGACAGCCUGGCGCUGGCUAUGGACCGCGCGCUGGUGGCCCGGCGACCCAGCGCCCCCAUGACCCGGGAGGAGUUCCUGGAGAAGGCCGCCGCCCUCUUCAUCGCUAAGGUCAAGCCCGUGGGCUGAGCCCCGCCCUCCGCCACCGCCUCCUCCGCCUGGGCAUACAGGGCCCUCAGGGCCUGCUCACCUGCUUCUGGGCGGAGCACUUCUGGAGGCCAGGACUGGGGUGUCCCUGCAUGCCAGCUUCCCACCUGGAAUGAUGCCUCAGCCCCCUUCAGCGGGGGAGGGGGCGUGGGUCCCUCCCCGCACAUUCACCAAGGUUCGCCUCUCCUGAGCAGAAAUAAAGUCUGUUCCCCAGGCUGA